AACAUAUGCCAAGAAUUUUGAUUAGGGUUUAUCGAAGAGCAAGGGCGGGAGGGAGUGAUGGCGCUCGCUCGUCGCGUCUCUAGAAAGGCUUGUGCCACGCUCCUCCUGUCGAUUCGAAGGCAUAGUACUUUCGGCAUUGCCUUUGACAUUGAUGGCGUCCUUGUUCGCGCAAACAAGCCGCUGUGUGGGUCAUCGCAGGCCCUUGCUCGUCUCUAUCAAGAGCCCUCUUCAGAAACCACGCUUCGUGUCCCUUUUAUACUUUUCACAAACGGUGGCGGGUACACGGAAGAGAAGAAAUCCUUGGAGCUGAGCAAAUUGCUGAAGAUCAAGUUGUCAAGUGAUCAGGUGUUCUUGAGCCACACUUCCUUCAAGGAACUUGCAAGCUGCUACCGGGACAAGAGGACGCUGGCUGUUGGCAAGGGCGAGCCGGCUCAAGUGCUGCGGCACUACGGGUUCAUGAACGUGGUUGCGAUGGACGAUUACGUUUGUGAGUUUGAAAGCAUUGAUCCAUUGGAACAGUACAAGCCGUGGUCGAGAGCUGGCUCGGCAACAUUGGCAGGGAGGGAAUCGCAGGACGUCCAAGCUGUUUUUAUCGUAAGCGACCCUGUUGAUUGGGGCCGUGAUAUACAGGUGGUUUCUGAUGUUCUAAAUGGUGGAGGCAAUCCUUUAAAAGUUGGUGGAAAGGCUCCGCCUUUAUAUUUUGCGGCGGACGAUCUUAUCUAUCAGUCAGCAUUUCCCGUCGUGAGGUAUGGGAUGGGAGCAUUUCGAAUCGCGCUGGAAAGCGUUUAUACCAGAUUAACCGGCAUGCCAAUGGUGUACACGUCUUUUGGGAAACCAAAACCAGCGACGUACAAACUCGUUAGAAAAGAAUUGGAGAAACUUGCUGGCUCUGUGGAUCCAUUGCAAACGAUCUACAUGGUUGGUGACAACCCGGCGACUGACAUCCGCGGUGCAAAGGAGGCAGGAAAGCCAUGGUUUUCAAUCCUCGUGAGGACUGGAUGCUUCAGGGGAAUCAACAACGACGAAGAAUUUCCAGCCGAUGGGGUCGUCGAUAACAUCGUCGAGGCAGUAGAUUUUAUAUUGAAAAGAGAGGGACUAGAUUGAGACAUCAACGUCGGUGUAGCUUGUAAGGACGUCUGGAUUUUUUUAUUUCUUUUUCUCAUCGCUGGUUACCAUCGGCGUUGAAAAUUCGUCGUACGGAGGCGAGAGAUCUUUUUUUCCCCUACUAACAUUGCUUGAUGGAACGAAAACUCGAGUUUUCCAUGCAGAUCAAGCGGGCCUGUUCAGAGUAAGGCAAAUGUAUCAAUCGCGGAUCGACAGAGGCAUUUACAAGUCCUGUGGCGCCGGUGGUUGGUUGCAAGGGACAAAAGGAUGCACGGAACAAGGCCACGGAGAGUCCUGCGAGGAUUCCAGCAGUAGGAGCCAGUUCUCUGGUUUUGAUGGAGCUGGACGUUAGCGGCCUGCGAGCAACCAGUGCUUCUCUCACAGUGGCGUCGGUUAUCUUUGCAGGAGGGGGAGCUCUCCAUCGCCUCGGUGUAGCGCGAUGCGACGAGAGCUUUGGUUCAUCUCUUCCCGAUCCAAAAGGUCGUAGCAGCAUUGGUUGGAGAUUCGGUGGGGCUUCCCUGUCUUUUGUCCGCUCGCUUGUUAUUGGGACUAGCGAACCAAGCUUCCCGAGAAGACGAAGACGAAGGCGAGAAAGAAGAGCUCGCCGAGAAUUUGUCUACGCAUGUAUGAUCGUUAUCCUCAUUUGCUUUUCUCUUUUGCUGAGAGGCCAUCUUUUCUCU